AUGGAUCCUGACCGCGGCGUGCGGAGCGUGCUGGCUGCUGGGGCUCAUGCUCGCGGCGCAGUGCGGCCGCUGCGAGAGAGGCUGGACCUGGUGGUCGCAUGCGUCGUCGGGUUCGGGUCAGAUCCUUCUGAUCCGGCGCCCGGAUGCUGUCGGCCAGCGCAGGAUGGUGAUUCGGAGCAGAUGGAGAUUGGUGGUACAGGUUCAGGACCAAAGGAAACUUUGCCCGGCAUCGGCGACGACUUCGACGUCAUUACCCUUCUUGAAGGCGAAGCCGAGGUCCCUCCUUUCCACUUCCGACCCCCUCCCAGACAAAAGUCCAAAGUUCGUCUUGGAUUGGACGGCGGCGGCGCCCUACACGGCGUACUCUCCGUGGAGAUGCCGUCUUGGGAGGAGUUGGUAGAGGAUUCAGUUAAAAAGGAAGUGUUUGCAGUAAUCUUUCUAGAGAGUCAGACCAACAGAUUCCCUCAUCAAUCCAUAGAGAUUGCCAUAUCUGCAGUUACAGGUGAACUAGUGAGCCGGUUCAUCUCCUUCCUGAUGAAAAAGUACCACUCCUCCCUCCAUGCGAAAUUAGAGGAGAAGAUAGUAGUGGAGAGGUUGCAACACCUCCUGAUAAGAGCUGCCACCAUCGUCGAGGAGGCGGAUGCACGGUACAUAACCAACUCAGGGAUGAUGAUGCAGCUCAAGAAGCUUUCUGAGGCCAUGUACCGAGGAUACCACGAGCUGGACACCUUGAGGUACCGAACUCUCCAAGGCGGUGCAGGCUUCAACGAGGUUAGCAACGACUCAUCUACCAGCUGCUUGUAUGUAGCUAAGCGUUCUCGGACAACUGACACGGCCAUGCACCUCAAGUCACAUACUGCCUUGGAAAGCUUAGAAAUUGCUAUAGCUAACAUGGCAGAAUUCAUUGUACUUAUGGGCGGAUGUGAACACAUGGUUCGUAGGCCCUAUGAUGUUUAUCUUUACACCGACAACUUCAUGUUCAGCCGGCAUGCUGAGAAGCAGAAGCUCUUGAGCUUCUUGUUGCAGCACAAUGAUCUUACCGGUGGUCAUGCACUGGAUGUUCUUCCGAUCAUAGGUAUUUCUGCAACUGGGAAGAAAACUUUGGUUGCUCAUGUGUGUGGCGACGGAAGAGUUCGCACACACUUCCCGUCUGUUUUACACUUGAAUGGAGACAACCUUUUGACGAUACUUGACCAUGGAAGGGCCAUGGUUGGGAUGAUGUUAGUAGUUAUUGAAUUUGCUUCUGAUGUAGGUGAUGAUGAGUGGAAAAAGUUUCACUCAUUCGUCAUAAGAAUGGGAAGAGGAAGCAAGAUCAUCAUCAUUAGUAGGCUUCAAAGACUAGCUCGAUUUGGAACGGUGAAUCCGAUUUUCUUAAGUGUUCUAUCUUAUGAUGAGUUGAGCUACCUUUUCAAGACUCUGGCAUUCGGAAGUGUAGACCCUGCAGAACAUCCAAGGCUAGUACAGCUAGCAGAUAAAUUUGCCAAGGGGUUGCACGGUACACAUGGUUCACUUCUCGCAGCAAAUAUGUUUGCGGAUGUGUUGAGAAGGAAACUCGAUAUUCAGUUUUGGCGUUGCAUAUUGGACAAGGGGCUAAGAUACGUUAGAAGAAAUCUCUCCAUGUAUGGUGCGCACCCAAGCACACUUAUAGAACAAGGCCAUCCAGUGGACAUAACAGACUUUGCUUUGCAUCCACUUAGCAUGACACCUUAUACUGUUUAUGUUUCAAUGAAGAAGGAAUCACCAAGUGUGACAUUUGGGCAACUUCUAACAGAUCCUAGUGUUAGACCAGAACAAGACUUUAUGCUAAUUUCAUGGGAAUCAAGAAUGCCACCUCAUAACUCAUUUGCUUGUUUUGUUACAAGUCAUGCUCAGGCCACAUUUGAAGGUAGUGCCAUACCAGGGCGGAAGCGAAGAGGAGUGCCAAUCUAA